AAUUCUCAUUGUCAAUAUUUCCACGGAAACAAAAAUAAAUUCGACGUUUAGCAGUGAAAUUGAUAAUUGAUUAUGUGAAAAACGAUUCGAUAUAUUCCAAAUCUUUCCCUGUUUUUUUUUAAUUGAUUCGUCCGGUAUUUUUCAAAAAUGGCUCGUUUUAUGACCGCAAAUUCUCUGUGUAACGUUUUCAUGCAGAAGACGUUCAAACGCUCAAUCCACAAGCAACAAAAUCACUACGAGGUGCUGAAGCUGGCGCAGAACUGUACCCACACGGACAUAAAGCGGGCUUACUACGAACUCUCCAAGAAGUACCACCCCGAUAGGAAUCACAACUCAAGUCCCAAAUUGUUCCUAGACGUCUCGGAGGCCUAUAAAACCUUGAGCAAACCAGACUCGCGUUUGCGGUACGAUAUUAGCCUGCUUCCUGCACACCAGCGAUUCCGUGCCAAUCAUUAUGAUCUGUUCGCACGCCGGAAUUUAAUGGAUGAACCAGCUUUCUAUCGCCCGCGCAGGACAAACUACGAGUACGAUAUUCCAUUACAUCAGUUCAAAACACGACAAGGCGAGAGGAUUUCUAAUGCGGUAGUGAUAUGCAUCGUGUUAUUAACAAUGAUCAUUGGGGUCGCAAUACAAGUGAUGGCUGUUAGGCAUGCACUGCGGGUACGUAGAGAAGAGCUCAAGAUCAGUCAGGCAUUAGCAAACCGAAGGAUGGAGAAAGGUUUGAACACUGAGGACCCUACUAAUAAGACUCAGGUGAAGUUGCUGGAGGAGCGUUGCCGGGCGAAUAAUAUCAGUUUGGAUUAGAGUGCAAAACUAUUUCUUCAAAUUUUGAACGCGCAUCUUGAUAAAUUUCAAAUAAAUUGGACAAUUCAUGCCGUUGGCAUGAGUUCAUACAUA